AUGCCGGCGUUUGGCGAUACUUUCACCAAUUACGUUGCCGAACACUUGGACUGUUCAAACAUUGCUAUUCAUGAUCUUUACGUGAUAACUGUCAAUCCAACCCGGCAGAUGACAACAGAUUUUGGUAACACUGCGUUUCAACAAUCACCCUACCAACAAGUAUCAAGGGGGACAUUAUCACCUGAAGAAAUCCAGAACAUCAACAAGUAG